AUGUACAAUUCAGAACCACAACACCUUAAAAAAGCUCUUGCGCCUCAUAAUACUACACCAAACGAUACUCGCAAUUAUAGUGUUACUUAUUCCGAAUUAAAUCCAUCAGAAAAUAUUCGCAUUCUUGAUUAUCAGUUGCCGCAUCAUUAUAAUUUAAUUCAACAACAGAUUCAGCAACAACAAGUCCGGCAUCCUGUUUAUCAACAAAAUGAUAUUUAA